AUGAAGGAUGACCUGCUCAUGCUGAACCUCUUCCCAGAGGUGCCCACCAACACCUACUCCAGCAGGAAUGAGAUUAUCUUUGUCAUCGACCGCUCAGGUGAGGUGGAGGCAGGUGGGACAGCUGGACAAGGAAGCAUGCAUGGACAAAAGAUAGAGAGUGCCCGUUCAACACUUCUUCUGUUCCUGAAGAGUCUGCCUCUGGGUUGCCUCUUCAACAUUGUCAGCUUCGGCUCAUCCUUCUCAGUGCUCUUCAAGAAGGGGAGUCGUGUGUACUCAGAGGCAACGCUGCGUGAGGCAUGCCAGCUGCAGGCCGCGAUGAAAGCCGACAUGGGGGGCACAGAAAUCCUGGCGCCACUCAAGGACAUCUAUGACAAGCCACCCAUACCUGGCUACUCACGACAGUUUAAUGAAAGCUGUGAGGGUUUCCAAGAGUGUGUUCACCACUAG